GCUGAAGAUUUAAACCAAAUUUAGAUGGUGGUUUGUUUUUGGAGAAGAUUUUUGCCGGCAAACGAUCCUCAUCUUUUCCCCAGCUGGAUAACACAAUGCAAUGAUUCUUGUGGGGUCUCUUAAAGUUUUAGACAGAUUGGCCAGCUGUGGCUAAUGACCCACCAUCUCACAUGCUCAGCCAAUGUGGUUUUGACUCACCCAUCACUCCCUUUUCCCCCCCUUUCUAAACUCUAUAUAUCUUCUUUCUCUCGCUUGCUCAGCCAAGUGUGUGCGUGUAUAACACUAUAAGUUCUGUAUUUAGUUCUUUUGUAGCUCUGAGUAUAGACAACAUGGAAGUAGCUUUGGAACUUGAAGAUGAUUUGUUCUUCGCUGAUUUAAGCAGACAGCUCUCUCUUCUUCUCAUGGAUGACAACGAAGACCCUCUCCCUCAUCAUCCCCAUGUUUCUCUUCAGGCUCUCGCUCAUGGAGGCCACCAGCCUGCACGGCCACUGGCGGUGCAUGACCAAGCUGCCGCUGCUAUUGUCGCUGCCUACAGUGGCGUAAGCAAAGGCACCGGCGUGUUCAUCCCUCGGUCUUUGCAGCCUGCAAGAAAACAGAGGCGUGGAAGAUACAAUAACAUAAAGGCAAACCGACAGUUUCCAAUCGCUAUUGAUGUGAACUCACAAGUAUCCAACAACAAUUCGUUGCAUCCCAAAAAGGGUUAAGGAUUCGAGGAAUUUGAGGAAAAGGGUAUCAGAAUUUAGAUUAAAAAAAUAAUUCUUUCACCAAAUAUUUAAGUAUGGUGAUGCCUGUACAUGGAAGAAGCUAUAGUAUUAGCUCUAUUAAUUACUGGGUUUUCAUUGGUUUAUGUGUUCCAUUGGAAGGUUAAUUAACCUAAGGUUCUUGUUCAUGAGAGAAAGAGUUCGUCUCGUGGCGUUCCUUACAAGAUCGUCAAUCCGAACAUAACUCAAGAUACGAAAUACUCGAAUCUCGACUGCAAAAGCUGAGAUGAGUCUGAAUUUGUGUUGUAAUAUGCUCUUAACUGGCAGCCAUGCAGUGGCACAUGAGCCGUCAUGUUUGGAUAGCUGGAUCUCUGUUGCAAAGAAAGCUAAAGUUCUCUAAAAACAUAUUCACAGAGAGACAGAUGAGAGAGAAGGAUUCGCGAGGCAUUAACUCGAGGAUUCGACAAUUAUUAUGUUUGACUAGAUCUCGAGAAUUAUCUAUAUGUUUUUACCGGUUGAAUCGAGUUAUAAUUAAAUUAUGUAACCCAUUUCGUUACUGAUUAAAUUAUAUGAUUAUUAGUUCUUCGUGAUAA